AUGGAGUGUGGACUCCUGAGGGAUCCACAAGCCUUGGGCUAUGUGAUCAUCCAGAUGUGCUCCCCAACCCAGAAGAGAUGUGUUGGCAAUGAGUGCCUUGAUGCACUUUUAAUGGUUGGCCUGGAAAAUAUGCAGGAGUUGAAUGAACUUCAGGAAAUAGAGUUUGGCAGAGGAUUUGGAUACAAGCAACCUCUGAGCACUGGAUUUCCAGACCUUCCAUACAUUUUACGGAAAGAACUUGACAUGGUUGCCGAAAGAAAAUGCUGCAAUGUUCUUGCUAAGUGUGUUGGUGAACAUGGUUUUCGUGGUGUAACUGGACCUCCUGGGAGGAAGGGAGGUGUAGGCGUCAGGGGAUCUCCUGGCCAUCCUGGUGAGGAAGGUGGAAUUGUAAGUAAACAUUUUGCCUUCCUUCAUUUUAAGGGGGAUGUGGGGAACCCCCCACAGACCUUGGAAAAUGUACCACCACUGCUUGUACACAGAAAGGGGAUAGCCUACGACUUCUACUGCACAUAG